AAGAAAGUUAGACACCACCACUACCCCGUUUCAUAUGGCUGGAUUCAAAAGAAAGAGGGAUUCAUCGUCUGAAAAGGGGAAAAAAGACAAGCCAGUUAGCUCUGGUGACUCUUCUUCAGAGUCGCGGUCGAAACCCGCCAAUUCGAGCAUUUUGCAGCUCGACAACGAAACUUCAUUCCCUCGUGGUGGUGCUUCCGUUUUGACACCCUUAGAGUACAAGGAAGUUGUCAAUGAAGCGAAACGAGACGCUUUGUUCACCGAAAGCAAGGCUAAGCCUGAAAAAAAGCAGACGAAACAAGCUGCGCGUUCAAAAUCAAAAUUGUCGAAGAAAUCGAAGAAAACAGCCAAUGCUGAUGACGACGAUGAAGGCUCGGUGCCUAUAUCUCACUUCUCUUACAAAUCAGUUGUUGAAGGAACCAUUGUUUUUGGUCGUAUCAGCGAAAUUAAUACUCUGGAUUUGGCUGUUUCCCUUCCCAACUGCCUCACUGGUUAUGUUCCUAUCACUAGCAUUUCUGAUUCGUUGUCAGAGAGAUUGGACAAGUUGGACGAAGUUGAUGAGGACAACAAGUCGGUUGCACAGGAAUCAUUCCCUGACUUGUUGGACUUUUACACGGUCGGCCAGUGGGUUCGUGCCCGUGUUACCUCUAUCACCAACGAUAGUAGUUCUAAAAAGAAAAAACGUAUUGAGCUAAGCUUGCGUCCCCAAGAUGUGAAUGGUGGGCUCGGUGCAGACGGUUUUGUUAAGGGUUCCGUUAUACAAACUGUCGUUACCUCCUGGGAGGAUCAUGGCAUUGCUAUGGACCUCGGUAUUGAGGACUUUACUGGUUUCCUUCCUUUGGGUGCCUACAACCCGGAAACAGAGUUUAUGGAGGGACAAACCGUGCUCUGCACGGUUACAUCUAAAAAAGAUCGUGUCUUCCAACUUGCCAUGCAUCAGGCGUCUCCUAAGGCUUUAGAUAAGUUCCCAUCUGUGCAAGCAAUUCUUCCCGGUAACCUUGCCAACGUUCUCAUUACUGACGUCCUUGAAAAUGGCGUUACCGGAAAGCUGAUGGGUGUAUUAAACGUAACUAGUGAUUUGAUGCACUCAUCCCUUUCUCAAAACGAACGCCUCGCAAACGAGUUUACUAUUGCCAAGACGAGACCAGCUCGUAUUUUGUACACUAUCCCCUCUUCCCCUCCCACCGUCGCCGUAACAUUCUUGCCCCAUGCUGUAGAUUUUAACAAAACCAGUGCUGAACAGGAAAAUCCACUUGAGAAGCUUCCGCUCGGCUUUACUGUUGAAGAGGCAAAGGUGAGCGCUGUCUCCCCUUCCUUGGGUAUUUUCUGCGACGUUGGUGUCGAGGGCGUUCGCGGCUUUGCCCACAUUUCCCGUCUUUCGGAUUCGCGUGUAGACAAGGUCGAUCCUUCAUCUGGUGACUAUCAGCUGCAUUCUACACACAAGGCACGUAUCACAGGUUUUAGUUUUGUCGACAACCUUUUUGUUCUUUCCCUUCAAGAAUCCAUUAUUGACCAACCCUUCCUUCGUGUUGAUGAUAUCCCCGUUGGAAAAGUCAUUAAAGGAAGUGUUGUUCGCUUGUUUGCACAAGGCGUCAUCGUUAAAUUGUCUGAGGGUAUUAAUGGUUUAGUUCCCACUGCCCAUAUGGCCGAUGUUCAAUUGCAUUUCCCCGAGAGAAAGUUUAAGGAGGGUCUUCCCGUUAAGUGCCGCGUCUUGGCUGUUGACUCGGACAGAAAGCGCGUCCUUCUUACACUUAAAAAGUCUUUGCUGAAUUCCGAUCUCCCUAUCAUCGAUUCUUAUGAGUCAGUUCAACCAGGUGCCAAGGCUGUUGGUGUUUUUGCUCGUAUUCUCAACACUGGUGCUGUUGUUGAGUUCUACAAUCACGUUCGUGGUUUCUUGCCCACUGCUGAGAUGAGCGAAGCUUACAUUCAAGAUGCUCGUGAUCAUUUCAAGGUUGGUCAGACCGUUUCUGUUACUGUCGUGAACUGUGAUCCUGAGACUCGCAAGAUGCGUCUUAGCUGUCGCGAGCAAAACUGGACCAACGAACGUUCACAACGGUUUACUGACUUGGAAGUUGGAUCUGUUGUCUCCGGAGCUGUCUCUCAAAAAACCGAGAACUCGGUCAUUGUUGACUUGGGUAACAGCGUAAACGGUGUUAUUCAAGUUGGACACUUGUCCGAUGGUGAUGCCAAAAAAUGUCAAAAGAUUCUUAGCAAAAUUCGUGCUACCACGAAGCUGUCCGAGGUACUUGUUCUUCGCAAGGAUCUUGAGAAGCGUAUUGUUUUUCUUACUUUGAAGCAAUCUUUAAUCGAUGCCGCUAAGGCCGGAAUGCUUCCUAAGACUUUGUCUGAUCUUAAAGAAGGUGUUAAGUAUGCUGGUUUUGUCAAAAACAUUACCGAGUUUGGUGUUUUUAUUGAAUUUGCUAAUGGUGUUACUGCGUUAGCACCUAAGGCUUAUUUAUCGGAGAACUAUGUUCCCCUGCCUGCUGCUUUGUUCAAGCCUUUCCAGUCUUUGACUUGCGUCUGUUUUUCCAUUGAUAUGGAGAAGGAGCGUGCUUUGGUUUCAUUGAAGCCACUGGACAAGGUUAAUGAGAAGGUUGAUGAAAUUACGGAAAGUAAAUACGUCGUUAUCGAACCCGUUGAUGAAUCUAUAACCAAGGCCUAUGAUUACACUACCGGCAAGUUGACCUGGGGUGUAAUUAGUUCCGUAAAGGCUACGCAGCUCAAUAUUGAUCUCGCUAAGAACGUCCAUGGCCGUGUUGAUGUAUCUGAGGCUUUUGAUAAUUUUGAGGAUAUCUCGGAUCCAUCCAAACCUUUCUCUACAUUCAAAAAGGGCGACAAGAUUCAGGUCAGAGUUCUCGGAACUCAUGAUGCCAAAAACCACAAGUUUUUGCCUAUAUCUCAUCGCGUAUCACCUCGUCAGUUUCUGGAGUUGAGCAUCAAACCUUCCGUGAUGAAGCAGACCGAGUUCUCUGGCGAAGCUUUAACGUUCAAGAAGGGUGAUACUUGUAUUGCUUUUGUUAACAACACAACUCCUGAAUGCAUCUGGGUUUCCGUUGGCUCUAAUCUCCGUGGCCGUAUUGCUGCCCUGGAUGCGUCGAACGACCUUGAGACACUGAACUCUAUUACUGAAAAGUUCCCUGUCGGCAGUGCUAUUCAAUGUACAGUGCUUUCAUCCGGUGAAAUUUUGACACUCUCUGCUAUGGAGCAUGUUGUAGAUUACGAAACUAUCAGUGCUGGUGACAAACUCUUGGGAAGAAUCUCUAAUAUCAAUGAUAUGGGAAUGAUUGUCCAACUCCCUGGUGCUUUGUCCGGUCGUGUAUCAAGAACCGAUGUCUCCGAUGAUUUUGAAACAUCUCCUAACUCUCUUUUCUCGCGCAAUCAGUUUGUUCGCGUUUAUGUGUUGAGUGUUGACGUUCCCAACCGAAAGAUUGCCUUGAGUACUAGAGCUUCUCAUUUCGAGGAGGGCAAGGAGAUUAAGGAUCCUGAGAUCAAAUCAUUUGAAGAUGUGGAGAUGAACCGAGUUUACAGAGGUUUCGUCACCAACGUUGCGGAUACUGGUUUAUUCGUGACUCUUGGUCGCAACGUUGUUGGUCGUGUAAAGAUCGCAGAACUUUUUGAUUCUUUCAUCAAGGAGUGGAAGCCUCAUUUCCAAGUCAGCCAGCUUGUUAAGGCUAAGGUCGUUCACGUGGACCAGGAAAAGAAGCGUAUCGAACUGUCUUUGAAGCCUAGCCGCGUGUCUAGCAAGGAAGCCUCUGCUAAGGAGUUUUCGGAAAUUGAAGUCGGCAGCAACGUUGACGGCACUGUUAUUCGUUGUGAGGACUUUGGAGUUCUUAUUCGUUUGGAUGGUACCGAUAAUAUCGUUGGCCUGUGUCACAAGUCAGAAAUUGCUGACACUACCGUCAAUGAUGUGACCAAGCUUUACAGCGCCGGAGACAAGGUGCGUGCACAUGUUUUGAGUGUUGAUCCAGAAAAGAGACGUGUUGCUCUCGGAUUAAAAUCUUCUUACUUUGAUGCCGAUUCGGAUGUCGAUAUGUAUGAAAGUGGAGCUGAGGAGGAUCUUGAAUCCUCUGCUGACGAAGAAGAAGACUCUGAUGAAGCCAUGGAUGAGUCUGCCGAAGAGGAAGUAAACUCUGAUUCAGAAAGCGAGUCUAGUGAUGAGGAAAAAGAGGAUGCUAAGGGUUUAGAGGCCGCGGGUUUUGACUGGAAGGCCGAUUCUACUGUUUUUGAUAAAGAGGCAUCUGCGGAUUCUUCGGACGAAGACUCGGACGCUGAGGAUGGUCCUCAGCGCAAAAAGAAGAAGAACGUCAAGGAUGACGACGAAGAGCGUGAUUUGGACGAUGCUCCGCAAGGUCCCGCUGACUUUGAGAGAAAGCUUCUUUCAGAGCCCAAUUCAUCGUUGUUGUGGAUUGGCUACAUGGCUUACCACCUGGGCUUAAACGAAAUUGACAAGUCUCGUGAAAUCGGACAACGUGCUUUGAAGGCAAUCAACUUCCGUGAGGAGGAAGAAAAGCUUAAUGUUUGGGUUGCUUUACUCAACUUGGAGGUUGCUUAUGGCAAUGAAGAGACUUUGGACAAGACGUUCAAGGAGGCCUGCCACUUUUACGACGAGCUUGUCGUUUAUGAGCGCCUGUGUGGUAUACUCAUUAAGCAACAGCGCCUUGACUUAGCGAAGGAGUAUAUGGAGCGGAUGGUUAAGCGGUUCAGUCAGAUCGCUUCUGUUUGGCUCAACUAUGCUACAUUCUUAAUGAGCAACGAUGACGCUGAAGCUGCUCGGGGUUUACUUCAACGCAGUCUUCAGAGUUUGCCAAAGAAGGAUCAUGUUUCCACCAUUGAGAAAUUCGCUCUGCUCGAAUUCAAACAAGGUGAUCCCGAGCGCGGACGUACUAUCUUCGAAGGUCUUCUUAGCAACUAUCCUAAGCGUCUUGAUCUGUGGAAUGUCCUGUUGGAUAUGGAAAUCAAGCAGGGUGACGUAUCAAUCGUGCGCCGUUUGUUUCAACGUCUUCUGGCCAACAAACUUUCCCUGAAGAAGGCUAAAUUCGUUUUCAAGAAAUGGCUUUUAUUUGAAAAGGACCAUGGUACCCCAGAGGGUGUUGAAGACGUGAAACAACGUGCUGCUGAGUACGUUGAACAACAUCAAUCCGACGAGUAAGGGAUCUGGUCAAUGAGGAAAUUGUUUUGGUAUUUUUUUAGGACUUAAAAUUUUUGGUAUGUUUGGCAUCGCAAUACAAUUCUUAAUUACAAUGGAUACAAAGAAUAAAUGACAGUUGCUGAGGACAAGAAAUCAUGGGUAUGAACUGCAGAUUCGUUGCAAAUGAAACUAUAAGGGC